UGGGGUCGGUUGGAGUCCGGGCAUGGCCCGGAGCCGCCUGGCUCUGCUGCUGCCAGCACUGGUGCUCUCAGGUCUGGUGUCCCUUGCCCAGAUCUACCCGGACUACCAGUACUUUGGCCAGCUGGGUGAAGGUGACACCUGGGAGCAGCUGAGGCGAAAGGGUAAACCAGCAGUGGAAGACUCAUUUCUAGGCCCGUGGGGGAAGUGGCGUUGUUUUUGCCAUCUGGGUAAACAAGGACGCAGCCGUCAGGUGCUGCGCACAGCACCAGUCCCCAUGUUCAUGGACCGAGAGAACCUGUUCCAGAUGAGGCCAUGCCGGCAACAGGAUUGUUCAUCUUGCUCCCGGACAGACUGCAACUGGAGGGCCUGAGCAGAGUCACUGAGGGCCAGGCUCCAGAGGCCACGGGGCGGAGCUUGCAAAGUGACCCCGCCCGCCCUGGAUUUCAAACCACGC